AUGCACCAGCGGCGCACGGCGUGGCCGCUGCACGCCGCCCUCCUCCCGCUGCUGCUCCUGCCGUUGCUCGUGCCGCCGCUUGCCGCGGCCCCAGCUCCGCCGCCGCGGCGGCCAGCGCCCUCGCCGAGGGCGCCGUCGCCCUCACCGCGGGCGCCGGCGCCCGCGGGAAAGCCUGUGCAGGCCGGCCCCCUCACCGCCGGCGGCCGCACCAUCGUACGGACGUCGGGCGUCCCCGCCGGCGCGUACCGCGCGACGAUCCGCGCCGACGCGCCCGAUGGGCGCCCGAUGGGGCAGAUUCUGGGCGUCAGCCUCGAGUGGCGGCGGCUGGCUGACCUGGAUGCCGUCCGAUGGGGCCCCAUCUUUGCGUUGCUAGGCCCGGCGCCGGUCAUCAGGAUUGGCGGGCCCAGCACAGAGCUGCUGCAGGCGAUCCCCCCUCCUUCGCACUGGCGCGCGCUGCGCGCGCUCCACGACGCCUGCGGGGCGCGGUUCAUCAUCAAUCUCAAGCUGUACGGCGGCGAUCUGAAGUUUGCGGCGCUGAUGCAGCAGCGGGCGAUGGCGGAGCUUGGGCCGGACGCCAUAGUCGCGUUCGAGCUGGGGAACGAGCCAGACUUCUGGCCGGGCGGCGGCCUCGGCGGCUUCUCCCCGAGGCGUGAAUUCACGCCCGGCUGGGAGCCCUACCUCGAUUACUAUGCCAGGGCCGCGCGGGAGCUGUCCAAGGCAAACGGCUCCGCCCCACUCAUGGGGCCCUCCUGGUGGGCGCGACCCCAGAACUUCUGA